AUGCUAAAUGCACUGGAUGUUUGCGCGAGAUCAUGCACGUCUGCCAUUAUCAAUGAAGUCGCAAUUGCUAUAAAAGAUUCGAUCAAGAAUCGUCGCAAGUCAGAUGCAUUGUUUGUAAAUGGAAAGCUGAAACUAGAAAGUCUCGAAUCUAAUUUUGAUGACACUUGGAGACGAUCUGAAAUUUACCAGUAUUUCAAUCAUUUGGACCUUUCUCAUGCAAAUAGAGUAUACGAGACACGGGCGAUGACAAAUGCUGUCAAGUAUAAAACCGUACUAAGUGAAGUUUAUACACAAGACUUUGGAAAUGAAAAUAAUUCGCAAUCGGGUUCUGGAUCGGAUGAUGAAGACACAGAUGAAGAAACAGAGGACGAAACAGAGGAUGACACAGAGGAUGGUAAAUAUGAGGAUGAAACUCCAAUAACUACAGUACUUCUAACGCAAUUGUGGACAUUGAGAACUGUAGAAAAGAUAAUCUUCGACUUUGGUAUACAAUGUAAUCAUGAACAUUUGGUCCAUUCUUGGACAAUUGAUGUGGAAGACCAUCAGAUCCAAAAUUUGUUUAAUAGUCUCGAAUGGAAUGAAAUUCUAAAAGUCCAUAACAAACCUUGGCAAGAAAGCUACAAUCCAGAAAUCCACUUCGAUUUUGAGUGGGUAUAUUUCUAUAUUCUAAGUCUCAUCAAGGAAUAUAAUGCAGAUACUUUCAAAAGACCUCAUGUUAGAGAUAUGGCUGCAAUUCUCUUAAUGGUGCUAUGUAAAAGAGUCCCUCAAGCCAAAAAAAUCGAAGAAAUUAUUAAUGAGACACAAUAUAAAGACUCAAACGCAGUAACUCUGAAUAUUAUCGAUACAAUUACUGUAACUGACGCAAUUAUAAGUGAAAUUGACGUCUGUGGUC